GGGUCGCGUCCGAAAGCCCUCACACCGGUCCCGGUGCCACCUCUCCCUGCUUGGGCGCCGCGCGCGAGCGCUUCCCUUCCCCCUGCGAGCGCCCGGAUAAUGUCUGAGAAUGUCCAUUUCUGGGACGCUUAGCAGCUAUUAUGUCGACUCGAUCAUAAGUCACGAGAGUGAGGACGCGCCUCCAGCCAAGUUUCCUUCCGGCCAGUACGCGAGCCCCCGGCAGCCGGGCCACGCGGAGCACCUGGAGUUCCCCUCGUGCAGCUUCCAGCCCAAAGCGCCGGUGUUCGGCGCCUCCUGGGCGCCGCUGAGCCCGCACGCGUCCGGAAGCCUGCCGUCCGUCUACCACCCCUACAUCCAGCCCCAGGGCGUCCCGCCGGCCGAGAGCAGGUACCUCCGCACCUGGCUGGAGCCGGCGCCGCGCGGCGAAGCUGCUCCUGCGCAGGGCCAGGCGGCGGUGAAGGCGGAGCCGCUGCUGGGCGCGCCUGGGGAGCUGCUCAAGCAGGGCACGCCCGAGUACAGUUUGGAAACUUCGGCGGGCAGGGAGGCCGUCCUGUCUAAUCAAAGACCCGGCUACGGGGACAAUAAAAUUUGCGAAGGAAGCGAGGACAAAGAGAGGCCGGAUCAAACCAACCUCUCCGCCAACUGGCUGCACGCUCGCUCUUCCCGGAAAAAGCGCUGUCCCUACACCAAAUACCAGACGCUGGAGCUAGAGAAGGAGUUUCUGUUCAAUAUGUACCUCACCAGGGACCGUAGGCACGAAGUGGCCAGACUCCUCAAUCUGAGUGAGAGACAAGUCAAAAUCUGGUUUCAGAACCGGCGGAUGAAAAUGAAGAAAAUGAAUAAGGAACAGGGCAAAGAGUAAAGAUUCCCCCCAGCCCUCCCCACCCCUUCCCCAUCUCAUGCUUAUUUAUAAGGGAUGGCUGUGGAGCCUGUGCUGUCUGGGAUGUGUUCAAGUGAAUGGGGAAGGGGGUCUUUUUCUUCAAAGUCCUUUUCUGCAUCUAGAGCCUCUCUCCUUUCCUUUGCCCUCACCUGUCCUUCUCUUCUCCCUGGGCCUCAGGAGGGAGUUUUAUUGAUUUAGAAGGUAGAUAUAGUUGGUUCCUAAGAAGGUGAUGGGCCCCAAGGAAAGAGUGCCCCUAGUAGAGCCCCUAGCAACCCUCUUAAUUUUCCUGGGAAACCCCAGCCCCUCACUUCCAGCCUGCUUGUUUCCCCCCUGCACCUAUCCCAAAGUCACCCAGGGACACUCCAACUGCACACAGCCCAACAGACGUCCACCUGCAAAAAGCCUGGAGCCCACAGUAACAAUGGGAAGCACUCACAGUCAACACUCAAAUGAAGUGGCACCCUAAAUGCAGACCAUCACACCCCAAAUCUGGUGGAAUAGCCCACAGACCAUCAGGCAAGUCCAGGGUCUGCCCCUGAUGCAAUGCACACCAAGAAGAAGUCUAUUGACACACUCCUGAAUGAGGCGCUGCAGCUCAAAAGGCCCAGCAUCACACCACCAUCCCCACGGAAUCCUUAACUAUACCCGGCAUGGACUCAAGGGCGAGUGGGGUAAAUUCAGCUCCCAAGCUGGUGGGUUAGAAAGGGCAAGGAAAGGCAGCGGUGGUCUUAUGAGAGUCUCUUAGGUUUUAUGAAGGUAGUCCACAUAUACACAUUUUGCUGCAGGAAAUGUUUAAUUCUGCAUGUUGUUUUCCUCUCCUUCCAACAAAAGGAGGUCAGAUCGUGGGUCGUAAGCCUUGACAAUGUCGUCCUCAUGUUCAUCUGUGCCCCGCUUGACAGAGACUGUAGCUUCUCUUGCUCAACACCAGCCCUGCAUUCUUCCGCAUCCUCCCCAGCUCUGAAAUCAACUCUGUUCGGCCAAUCCACCUUGCACCAGCGAGUCAAGUCACCCCUGUAGAAACCCCCCUCCACCCUCCAUCCUCUGCUAGCUCUACCCCUCCAUAGGCAGAAAAGCCAAGUCAGGAGAACCCGAUGGAGAAUUUAUUGUGAAUCGAUUCCCGGGCUCCUCUUCAGAGCAAGUUGUGGAGGAUAGGGAGGAGCAAAGUCUCCCCGGGUGCGCGGAGCUUGACUUCUUCCUCCCGUCCUGCCCAGUCUGACCCCUGCGGAGGAGCCCCGGGCUUGUCAGCUGCCACCCCAGCGCAGAAGCGCAGAGACCAGCCCCAGUGCCUGGCUUUGCCUCCCGAGACUCGGGCCUGGAUGGCGAUAUGCGCGCGCACGCUUCUGGGGAGCAGUCCCGCUUGCUAAGGAAAGAGGCGAAAUCGCACCUAAGUAUUAGGCUGGAGCUUACUCUCGGCUUUCUUUCCUCCCCCUGCUACCCCACCUCUCCAAUCCCCUUCAAUUCAUGGACUCUCGCUCCUGCUUCUCCCAACCCUGCAAGGGGACAUUCCAGUAGAACUUCUUUUGCUUUGUCGGUGGCAGUCGUGAAAUUGUGCUGUGUUUUGUGAUUUCUUUGGGGGUGACUGUCUCGCCUGUUUUCAGUUGUUGCUUAUAUGGGAGGGUUGUGGGUGGGAGUGGGG